CCCAAACACUACUACACCGCUGACAACAAUGCGCCAAUCACGCAUUUCUGCACUCUGACUUCUCUCCUCUGUAAACACACCUUAAUACUUAAAACCCAUAGCUUAUCCAUCAAUUAAUUCGAAACAGAUAAAAGAAAGAGAAGGCUUUUCAAAUGGGGGAGGAAGGAGGAGAGGAGUAUUUGUUCAAGAUUGUCGUGAUCGGAGAUUCUGCAGUCGGAAAAUCCAACUUGCUGUUGCGGUUCGCCAGAGACGAGUUCGACGGCAACUCCAAGGCCACCAUCGGAGUGGAGUUCCAGACGCAGACGGUGGAGGUGGACGGAGGCAAGGUGGUCAAGGUCCAGCUCUGGGACACCGCCGGCCAGGAGCGGUUCAGGUCCGUCACGUCGGCCUACUACAGAGGCGCCGCUGGAGCUCUCAUUGUCUACGACGUAACUCGUACGGACACUUUCGAGAGCACCAGACGCUGGAUUCAAGAGCUGAACAUCACUAAAACUUUACGGGCGAACCGAUGCAUGCAUAUAUACAGGCCACUGUGACACAGCAGCGGUAAAAAUUCUGGUAGGGAACAAGUGUGAUUUGGAGGGGCUCAGAGAAGUGAGCGUGGAACAAGGUAAAAGCCUUGCAGAAGAAGAAGAGAUGUUCUUUAUAGAAACCUCAGCCUUGGACUCUACAAAUGUGAUUGCAGCUUUUGACAUUGUUACAAGGGAGAUAUAUAACCACCAUGUUUCCAGCAGGACUAAUCUUUUGUGCUCCAAUUCUUAUAAGCCCCAACUAUCAGCCAAUCGUGUCAGCCUUGCUGGCAUUGCUCUUUCAAAUGGAACUCUCAAGAGCAAAUACAUGAGUUCUUGCUGCUCCAUAUAAUUUUUUGCCUUUUCUCUCUUAAUUAUACGGUAUAUGUUCCCCCCCUACAUUUCAAAGAGAAAUACUAUCACAUACACCCUUUAUCCCAUUAUUACUAUUCAUUCAUAAGUAAAAGUAAUGAUCAUCAUUAUUCUUACCUUAAUUUUUUACAUAUUCUUUUAAAAUUAUUUAGUCCUUAUUUUAUAGAAAUUUGAUGCGUG